UCAGAAUUUUUUUGAUUGGAAAUUACUCUUCUUUUUCUGUGGAAAUCUUGGCAGUACGUCAUUUCAAACAUGUUGAAUGAAAUGGGAUUGAUCAAAAGAAAGUUAUAAUAGGAGUUCUAUCGACAAUGAAGUACAUAAUUAGUGCGACAACGUCAAAACCAUCCACAAACGUUCCCCCGAGUGGUGGCGGUGGUUCUUUGACCAUAUUGGACCCAAACGGUGCAAUCUUGUCAUCGCUUCGAUCGAGCGCCGAUCUAUCUGGUAGAGCUGGAAUGGGAAUCUCUUCCUUGUGUUCUUUCCCUCAAGAAUUUUCGAAAGCGAACAAUGUUGGAAGUGGUGGGGACAAUACGCAGCCUGUGAUUGGCUACGGGGGAAACUGUGUUAAACGAGGCGACAACUAUGGAAUGCUUAUAUCGAUUCGAUCAUCCUCAUCACCACCUAUCAUGCACUGGAAAUGCCGACUUCCUGAAACAGAAAUGAGUGGUGGAUUGUCCAUUUCACCAUGCGGACAUUAUGUUGUCGGUGGUGGUUCCUCGGGUUCUUGUUUUGUGUGGUCUUCGAUAGGAGGCGAGCUUCUCAGAACCAUCAAGGCACACUAUAGAUCUGUUACAAGUAUCGCUUGGAGCGAUUGUGGGCGGUAUUUGGUGACCGGUGGUGCCGAUGGAAUGGUUCACCUUUUUUCAUUGAUGAGUCUCGUGGACGUCGCUUCUAGCUCCGCCAAAAUUUCGAAACAGCGCAAUGUUCCGCCAAUCCAUACCUUUUCCGUACAUCAUUUUCCUGUCACCAGCUUGGUCCAACUUGCGGGUGGACGUAUCGCCUCCUCCGCAGAGGACGGCCAGGUUCUAGUCCUUGAAUUAUUUUCGAAAAAAGUUUUAGUCAAUAUCCAAUUUCCUCAUGGGAUUCAAUGCAUGGAGCACUACAACGGUAGACUCUAUGCAGGUUCGACGCAAGGGACGAUAUUUUCUGUUGAUUUAGAUGCUUAUGCCAUGCACGAAACAGAAAAGCUAGGUGCCAUUUUUGCCAAUAAACGAAGACGUCAGGAGCAAUUGGAUACAGAAUCAACCGAGAAUUGGACAUUAGAAGAAAAAGUGUUUGGAAAGAAAAAGACUGACACUAUCAAGAAUUCAAAGGGCGACAACAAUAACCAGGAACAAGGGUAUCGGACAGAUUGGAUUGGUCACGACCACGCCGUAACUUCGAUCGCGUUGUUGACAGAGUCCGAGCCACGAAAAAUGAUUAGCGGAGACAGCUUUGGCCAGAUUCGCAUUUGGGAACUAGAAUCUCGGACCUGUUUGAGUGUCGUUCACCCAUGGUCCUCCGCGUUCGCGAACGCAAGCAACGCCGAUGACAAAAAGAAAUCGCCUACUCAUCCUGUCACUUCGCUACGGAUUAUAGCACAGCCUGAUGUUCCUCCGUCGUCCGGAAUAUUUCAUUCGCCCGCUGGGAGUAGCAAGAAUUUAUCGAGUUUUUCAACUCUGGUAACUCCUCUUCAGAAGUAUAUCUCUGAUGGUAUCGAAUCGGCCAACUCUAGUAACGCAUGCCCAUCUAUAGCUGCUGGCACCAUUCGUGUUCCAUUUCUGAAAAGCAAUCGGACAGCCCAAAAUAUGGCAUACUGGGAGGCGCGUCCGAUUUUACGAGAGGCGAAGAUUCAACAGCAAUCGCUCAAAGAGGGCGGCAAGUCGGAGGUCAAAGAAGAAAUCGCUUCUAUGCGUGAACAGAUCAAGAAACUCCAGGAACAACUCCAGGCGAAAGACUCGGAAGUCAAAAGGUGGCAAACGGUCAAUAACAAACUCAUGUCGAAACUACAAACUAAAUCAUAAAUACAACUGAACAACAUUUUUUUCUGCGAAACAUGCUCAAAGUCAGAGCAGUAACAACCCAAUUCUACCAUGUGGAAAAUUGAACAAUUAAUUCGGGCCAUUAUUGGAUGUGGAAAAACUGUGGUCAAUGGAAACUCUAACUAUUGCAUAGCAUAAAAAUAUUAUCAACAA